AUGGCACCAAAAGGCGGUUACAGGAGAAUCUCUGGUGAUGACGAUAAUAAAGUCAGUUUUGCAUCUUCUCUUUUUUUCCGUUGGAUGAACGGAGUCUUAAAGAUGGGCAGUCAAAGACCUUUGGACCAAAACGACUUUUUACCCUUGUCAGAAGAGAACUCUGGCCGUUUUGUCAGCGACAAGCUUCGAAAAAGCUGGGAAAGUGAGAUACGUCAUUGCAAGAUGAAUGGGAAAAGGCCAAAACUUUGGAAAAGCGUGUUUGAUAUGCUGUCUGCCAAAGAUGUUAUCAUCAUUUUGACGGGGAAUAUAUUGUCUACAACUUCUCGCCUUCUCUUUCCACUGUUUCUCGGAUAUCUUGUUUCUAAGCUUAUGUCAACUGAGGCAGAGAAUAAUUAUCAACUCUACACCUGCGCGUUAGCUAUGUGUCUCAAUGGUUUAAUCGGUGGUCUUGGUAUGCACCAGCAAGACUACAGAUGUGAAACAUUGGGGAUCAAAAUAGGAAGCGCCCUGAACGGACUGGUAUACCACAAGGUAAGCACGAUCCAAAGAGUAUUCUAUGCAUUUUUCAAAGGCUCAACCGAUUUUUCUAAUACCCUAAACGCCCCAAAUUAAGCCGAACAAACUGGAACGCAUUUAUCUAUCCGAUACAGAAUGAUUUUUUUCCAGAAAUCUUUGCAAUCCUGCUCAUCAACAAAAAAAUCAAAGAAGCAAACAGUUAUUUAGCCUUCAGUUAACGGGAAGUAGGCUACAGAAACCAUAACGUAUACGGCCGUGCUUUUGAGCGAGAUUCAAAAUGGCGUCUGAGUUGUCGCUCUUUUAACAAACUUAAAGAGAAUUUAGUAGAGACUUAAUUACUCUUGUCUCGAAACGCAGCCACGAAUAUCUUUAUGCCGGAGAUUAAAAUCAGAUGGUUUGUGGAACAUCCUUCUUCUUUAAUGGCUAAUCUGUACUCUCUUUCAGACACUUCUACUCAGCAAGCAGACGUUAUUGAAAUUUACUGCAGGACGCUUGUUUGACCUGACAUCCAAUGAUGUUAAAAGAAUGGAAGAAGACACGGUCAAGUUUUUUGUCUUAGCCGUUUUCGCAGUUCCUGCUUAUGCAGGGGCAAUAUUCCUUAUCUACAAUUUGAUUGGUUGGCAGGCUCUUACGGGCGUAUUCCUCCUGUGUAUUCUCAUGCCAUACUUUGCCGUCUUGUCUUAUGCCAAUGCUAAGCUCCGUCUGCGUACAGCUACAGUGUCGGAUCAGCGAAUCUCCCUAAUCAAUCAAGUAGUUUCCGGGAUCCGCGCGGUCAAAACGCAUGCGUGGGAGGACGAAUAUAGACGAAAGAUAAAACAUUUAAGAAGGUAAGGUAAAUUAUGAUCUUUAAUCAGAAGUAGGCUUAAAAAACUAGGUUCAUUCAUUCCCGUAAUUGUUGGCCCAAAUUAUUCAAAACUGGGAAAUAGAUAACCACCAAUCUGUUUUGUCUCCUCUGAGAGCUUUAUAAGCGAGGCAGUUUUAAACAUGCCCCCGCCCCCAAACAAAAGAACCAAUAGGCCGCUGCAUGAGCCAAUCAGAAUGCUUCUCUUCACAAAGAAUAAGUGUCUCAUGAAACCCAUUUGAUAACCAGAGGAUUGGCUGCUUGGUUAAAUAAUAUCUGGAUAUACUGAGUAGAGAGUGUGGAAUGAGCGCUCUCACUGAUUGGUUAAACUUCGAAUAUCCCUUGCAAUUUAUCUUCGAGAGACUCGCGCGAGAUUUCCGCCCGAGACAGAAUAAUUGUUCAUUAUUAUAGGUAGAACAUCUCAUUGAGUCUAACUUGUCUUCAGUUAGUAUUAUUUUUCAUGCGCUGUCGUGGGGUCGCUAAAGACGCAAUUAAACAAAGAAGUGAACGAUAAGAUAGGGUGCGCUUCCCGCCGGCUCACCUCGUUAAUAUUUCAAAUUAAAUAGAACACUGACGACGAGUGGGUUCGACAGAAUGCCCACAUAACUUAUGAUCAACUUUUAUCUUCAGAAAUGAAAUCAGCGUCAUUUCGAAGAGGGCAGCCAUUCAGUCAAGUAUCGAUGCCUUGUCAUUCAGUGCAACGCCACUGGCCACCCUGGUGUCAGUAAUUACUAUGGUACUUACAGGCUUCACCCUCACGCCCGCCAAUGUUUUUAUGCUGUUGUCGUUUAUGGGUGUUUUAAAAUCGACUGGCAUGGUAGAUAUGACAUCUGGUUUAAUGGCAACGUAUGACGCCUACGUUUCGCUCGGAAGAAUCGAAGAAUUUCUUCUUUUGGAAAAUAUGUUGGAAGCCUCUGAGAGUGAUGAAAGCAACGAGCCCCAACAAAAAGCGAGAAGUACCCCAAGUAACCAAAGUCGCGGUUAUUUGAAAAAAGAAGAGAAAAAUAAGGAGAAUGUCCCCCUCUCUCGUCAACCAACAGAAUUAGGGCCAACUAAACUAUGUGUGUCAAAUUUAAGCUUCGCAAAAACGCAUCGUGAAGAUGAAUUUAUUCUUCAGGAUAUCAACUUUUUUGCACCUUCAAAGAGUUUAACAGUCAUCACUGGCCCGGUUGGGAGUGGUAAGUCUACUCUGCUCUCAGCGAUCGCUGGUGAAGUUUUGAACACCAGUGGGACGAUUGAUUAUCAAGGUUCUGUCAUUUACUUGCCUCAGACUGCUUGGGUGUUCUCGGGAACGAUAAAAGAAAAUAUUCUAUUUGGUCAACCCUUCGAGGAGUCCAAGUUCGAAAGAAUAAUCGACGUCUGCGCUCUAAAAGAAGACUUUCAGCGGUUACCAGAUGGUGACCAAACAGUUGUUGGAGAACGCGGGGAGGUUCUGAGUGGAGGACAACAGGCGAGAGUAAGUUUAGCUCGUGCAGUUUAUGCUGACGGAGAUAUUUAUCUACUGGAUGAUCCACUGAGUGCCGUUGACUCUAAAGUUGGCCAACACAUCUUUAACAAGUGCAUCAAAGAUCUACUAGGCAAUAAAAUCGUUCUGUUAGCCUCUCAUCAGCAACAGCACAUGGAAAAUGCUGAUCAAGUGAUAGUGUUGUACAGAGGGCGUGUCCUCGACAAGGGACGCUUUACUGAGCUGCACGAAAAAGGUGUAGUUAAUUCAACUGUUGACCCACUCUAUAAAGCAGCUCAGAAGGACAAAAAAGACUUAUCUGAUACAUUUGCCUGGGAGAAUACAAAGAAACACCAUGAUGCUGAAAAAUUCCAGAAAAUACAUGCUCAGACUAAUGAAGCGAGGAGUUUGGAGGUAGCAAAGGAGGAUCGUACAAUCGGAGUUGUGACAUCCAAGCUUUAUUGGGACUAUUUCAGAAGUGGAGCACAUCCUUUGAUGAUAACUGGAAUGGUUGGUUUAAGUCUCAUUACUCAAGGUAAACUUACUGUUAGAGUGAGGUAGAAACCUUGGUUCAGGCCCUAAAAGGGAAUACAGCAACCUUUUCUAAAUCACUUCACAAUAGCUAUGCUUUUGGUUUUAGUUUAGAUGGCAGAGUAAAGAGACACUGCACAAAUUUUUGACCAUGUUCCCGAUAUCGUACAAGCGCGAGGCAAGCACAAGUGAAUGGCGAGCCACGCGCCAAAUGAAGAGCUUGUGUCUUGCUGCUCGCGUUGGCGUUGCACUUGUCUCCAUUUGCCUGAAAAAGAUUUUAAAAAAACUCGUUUCUAGCUAAUUUUCUGAGACCAAAUGCAGUUUUCUAACAAUGUUUAAGUGUAAUAUGGUUGACUGCUUCAUCUAUUCUGUGACAUUGUGGUGCUUACAUAAAAAUUCCCAAGAUACAAGCGUAAAUAGCUAACCCGGGCGAGUUGUGUCUAGGCCCAAUAAAUCUUACAAUGUUUAACUAACUGAUCAGAAAGAAAUACCUUUCAACCACAACCUCUUGAUCUUAUCUCUUUCAGCCAUCAUAGCUGCUCCAGACUUGUGGCUCUCGUUUCUUGCAAGGCUAAACCAAGAGGAUCAGAAUAACAAGACUUAUCUAUCUGUCUUCGCCUGUCUGGUUAGCGCGUGUUUUAUAUUUACUAUCGUUAGGGCUUAUGGAUUCUUUCAUGUUUGUCUAAAGUGCACUGAGCGUCUUCACGAUAAAAUGGUUGUGGCCAUUUUACAAGCACCUGUCCUGUUCUUUGACUCUAAUCCAGUGGGAAGAAUCCUAAAUCGCUUCUCCAAUGAUAUUGGCUGCGUAGAUGAGUUGUUACCCAAAACAUUCCUGGCGGCAAUGCAGAGGCUCUUGGCGAUAUCUGCCCAAAUUCUGGUAACAGCUGCCACAAACGUUUGGCUGGUGUUCCUUGUUGUUCCAAUUUCCGUGCUGGUCGUUUUUCUAUGCAAUUAUUACUUGAAGACUGCCAGAGAACUCAAGAGGUUAGAGUCGAUAUCCCGAAGCCCAGUGUUCGCUCAUUUUUCGGAGACCCUGAUAGGACUGGACACGAUUCGUACGAGAGGAAAACAGACAGAUUUUGUGGAUGCACUUUACAGGUAUGUUGAAGACAUUGACUCAGUGCGAUGUGCCAGAGCCAAUAAAUGCACAGGUCACAAAUGAGUCAUAAUUGCUCAUUUUCUGUGAGCUACUUAUUUUUCAUUUACUGCCAUUACACGAAACUGCAUCACGCUUCUCUUGUAAUCAUACCUGAUGUGUGCUGAGACACUGUUCAACAAGUGGACCUUUCUGUAUAUGAGGCAUGGUUGCGAAACGAAGCUAUCCAAAAUAGACACGAAGGGCAUUACCCGUGGUAAGACUACAGUAAUUGCUCUCUGUGGUUUUCGACCUUCUGAUAGGAUUUUAACAGACCCAUAAUAUGAACGGUCAAUCGACAUGUGGAAAAGUAUCCAUAUCGUAAACAAAUUUGGCUCUUAACGCUCUCCCUUCAUUUUGAUGAGUAGAGCAUACUUAAGAGUGAGAUGUGGUUACGGAAGCGAUCUUUCGGACAGUUAGCCACAAGACACUCAGCUUACAGAUGCUUUUUGGAGACUAAGAUUAUUUUGAGGGGAUCGGGGUCGGGUGGAAUUGGAAUCUGAUAGGAUUUCAACAGCCCCUUAAUAUGAAAGGUCAAUCAACAAGAUCGCGUGAUGCAGAAAUUUCAUGAUUACUCAAAACUAUAACAAAUUUAUCGAACUUUAUUUGUUUUCACCAUUCCGAUUUGAGCACUAAUAGCACAGAAUAAGUGUCAUGCUUGUUAUUGGACUGUGUAAUAGGACAGUCGAAAAGUCAUGCCUGUGUGUAAGUGUAUGUGCGCCCUGUUGUCGCGCAUUUCAACGAGUUCUUUUUUUUUAUGAAAACGUAAAAGUGAUGUUUAGUUUCUUUCUCUAAUUUUGUUAUAGUUAUAAUUUAUUGGUAAGACAACUUCUUGUCGUUCAAUUCCGUCUUUAAUCACACUCGUGAUCUUCAAAAGAAAAUACAAUUGAAUAACAACAAACCAGCCAGAACAAAAGAAAAGAUCACAAUUAGUAACAGAGGACUCAACGUAAAAAUAAGGAAAUGGAAUUGAGCGCGGGAAAACGCCUACGACCGAUGGGCGAUUAGUUUUGCGCAAAUUUGCUGGACCAAUCACGAACCAAAGUAAUACAAAGUUUAUUGAUUCCGAUUUAUUUCGACAGUCCACUUAAAAAAAUUACUUCAUUAUUGAAACAUAUUGUGAUAAACACUCGUCUCUCUCCAGAUAUCAAGAUAUUCAUAAUCAAGCGUACAUUAUGGUGAUGGCCAGCGGUAGGUGGCUCGGUGCACGUUUGGACUGUCUCGCUUCCUUGUUAGUCGGUGCAGUUGCUCUGGCUGCAAUCUUGGUCUUUCAAGAUGCCGGUAAGCUCAAGAUUCUUACUAUCGUUUUAGUCUUUCUAUGUAAAGUACGAAUUUAUAUAGUCGUGUAUUAACACAGCAUGAACUACUGAUUAAUAAAAUAGGUGUGAAAAUACGUGCACUCUUAUUAUCAACGGGUGGUUUAUAAGCACGACAGAAACGUAAGAGUCUCUCAGGCGACUUAAGUGCUGAGUAAACUUUCAAGUGGGUUUUAUGAUUCAAAACGGGACACUUGUGUUGAUAACUCCUCUGCACCUACUUAGCUUGGAGUCAAAACAACAACACUAAGAAAGACGUAUAAAAGACGCGUUAUUUAUUCCCUCCCAUAAAGAGACUGCCUGGACCAGGCUAAGUAACCUAGACUUGUUAAGUUUUCGUAUAUCCUUUGAGCUAUCACGAGAAAACUGGUCCGGAAUUUAUAAAUUCAAGGGCCAAUUCUUUUUCAGCUUACGCUGGUCUCGCUCUUGUUUACGUCAUCCAAACUCUGACUACGACUCAAUACGCUGUUAGAAAAACCUCUGAAGUGGAAAAUUACAUGACGUCAGUUGAGCGAGUUAUGACCUAUACCAAACUUGACCGUGAGCCUGGAUACGACGAAGAACGAAUACCCCCAAAAGACUGGCCUGGGAGAGGAAGUAUUGUGUUGAGAGAUGUAUCAUUCACGUACUAUCCGGGGGGACCUCAAGUGCUGAAGAACAUCAAUAUUAGCAUCAAAGGAGGAGCAAAGAUCGGAGUUACCGGCCGUACGGGAGCUGGGAAGUCAUCUUUUGUGGCAGCUCUUAUACGCAUGCCUGAUGCUGACGGAAAGAUAAUCAUCGACGAUGUUUCAAUUAAAGAGAUAGGCCUCCAACAAGCUCGACGAGGUAUCUCGGUUCUUAGCCAAUGUCCUGUUCUUUUCAGUGGAUCAUUGAGGAAAAAUCUCGAUACUUUAGACAAGUUUCAAGAUGCUGAUUUAUGGCAGGCUUUAAAAGAUGUGCAACUGAAAGAUUUUGUCGAGAGACUUGAUGCCAAGCUGGAUCACGAACUGCUGGAACAUGGCGCUAAUGUCAGUGUGGGAGAGCGGCAGUUAAUUUGCUUGGCUCGUGUGCUGCUACAGCGAAGUAAAAUCGUCGUCUUGGACGAGCCAACUGCGCAUGUUGACCCAGACACAGAGCAGACGAUUUGGAAUGUAGUGCGGGACAAACUGAAGGAGUCCACUUUCAUCACUAUAGCUCACCGUUUGAACACGAUAAAAGACUGCGAGAAGGUUUUAGUCUUGAAGGAUGGAAAAGUUAAAGGAUUUGACAAAUUCGAGUCAAUAAUAAACAUGAAGUGUGAUGCCGUCUAA